AUGUACUUAACACUUUAAUAUGUAUUGAUAUAUUUAUUUAUUCAUGGAAAGUUAUUUGGGUACAUAGUUAGAAAGAAAGUUAAAUUAGAGAAGGAUAUUAAAUUUAUGAUUAAAUUUCUGGACUACUUCAAGUUUUUCAAAGAACUAAGAAUGAAUAUAUCGCUAGAUUUGUAUGUAGACACACUGAAAAAAAUGUAAUUCGAAAUAGUAGAACAAAAUUAGUUUAUUUGCAGUAAAUCCAAGUUAAAGAAAAAAAACAAACAAUAAAAUAACUUCUACAUAGUUAUAGAAGGAGAAGUAAUGGAAUUCUAAUAGUUAAAUUUUGAAUAGGAUUCAAGUAACGCAUCAAAUAAAUGUUAAGAAAUGCAAAACAAUGUUUAAUUAAAAUAAGAUUUUUAAAAUAGCUCAGAAAGUUAACUCCUAUUAGAAAAAAAUAACUCUUAUAAUGCUUUAAAUACAUCUUAAGAAUCUCUUUAUGACUAAAAAUCUAAUAAAUCAUCAAGAAAAAGUAGUAGAAUGAAUAGCCCAUCAAAUAUAGUUGUUUAAAAUUCAGUAAAUAGAUUAAGCUAAUUAGAUCAAUCUAUCAAAUAAGCCUUCUCAUAAUUUUCUCCAAAAGCACACAAAAAAAAAGACAGUAUAGCAUUUUUAGAUUAAAAUCUGAUAGAAGAAGAAAUGGCGUUUAUUAGAAAUAUAAAUUUGUGCUUAGAAAACUUUAAAUCAAUUGGAAAAAUUAAUCAAAAUUCUAAAAAAUUUCUAAAGGUUGUUGAAAAAGCUAUUAGUCUAUUGAAGGUAAAAAAUAGCUUACUUCUCAGACCCUCUUAAUUAUCUAGCUUUUCAGUUUCUAGGCAGGACUCAAGAAACACUCCCUAGAUUAUUUCUAAGAUGGCAAGCUAAUAAGAAUCUAAAUAUGAUGUUUUAGAUGAUGCAAGCCCUUACUCUCCAUAAACUACUAAUUAAAGGAAUUUUAAUCAAGAUAGAGAAUUUUAAAUGAUAUUACAAAUCGCUUCACACUUUAAGGAUAUGAAAUUAAGAAAAUUAUUAAAAUAAGGAGAGAUAUUUGGAGAGUUUGAUGAUGGUAACUUAAAUCUUUUGGAAUAAGGUUACAUGUCAAAAAAGAAAACUUGCCUAGUCUAUCUAAGCUAUUCAGUGUAUAAUGAAAUUAUUCAAAAGCAUCAAAUACAGUCUGUUGAAAAUAAAAUAAAAUUUCUCUAACAGUUUAUCUUUUUUAAAAGUUACUCUAAAUAGAAAAUGAAAAACUAUCUAAAAUAUUUUUAAAGUGCUACUUAUUACAGAAACAACAUUUUAUAUUCAGAGUUAGACCCAUCCAGCUUCAUUUAUUUUAUUAUUUCUGGUGAAAUUGAGUUUUCUCGUCUUUUCAAGUUAGAAAAUUAAAAUCAAAACAAUAAUAAUGAAAAAAUGAUCCCCUUAAACAAGUUAAAUGCCUAAGAUUUUGAUCUCACUUUUAAUCCGUUUGAAAAGCAGGAAAGAGAAAUUUAUAAGUUAAAUUAAGGAAAACAAAACAAAGAGAGAAGCUAAUUAAUAAAAAGAAUUAAUUCCUUUAUUUUAGGUCCAAAUCAGUAUUUCGGAGAAAAAGAAGUGCUAACAAAUAGUUUUAGAAUAUCUUAAGCAAAGGUACUUUCAGUAAAGCUUGAAGUGAUACAAUUACCGUCUUAUAUUUACUAUGAAUAAUUUUAUGACCAAGAUAUUCAUGAAGCCUGUUUACAAGAAUCACAUUUAAAAGAAAUAGAAGAAAUAAAUAUUUAUAAUUAAGUAUAAUCAAGACAGCCUUAUUAAAAUAUAGUAGAAAAGCUUGAAAACGAUUAUUUGAAAGAUUUUGUUAAAAAUAACUAAAAAGAUGUUACUAAAAAAAUAGAUUUAUUAAUGUCUAAUCUACCUCCUUAGUUGCCCAUAGAAUUGUUAAAGAAAGGGAUAUAAAUAACAUUAAUUCAUAAAUUUUGA